AUGGAUUUUCAAAGCACAAAUCCGUUAAAUACUUGGUUAAACCUGCUUUCGGGGAAUCUAUUACCGAUAACCGAAAAUUCGUCAUUUCCACUAUUCUGGAAAAUACACAGCGCUUUUGUGUGGUUGCUCGAAUUGAUUUAUAUUGUUACGUUUGUUCCUGCCUACUUUUUAGUACCGAAAGAUAUGAGCGAUGGUUUAAAUGGCUCAGUCAUUAUAGAUGCGAGCGAUAUGCUACUCGAAUACUUUCAAAUAUUUGCGCAAAUCACACUAGUAAAAGAAUUGAUACGAAAAUUGAAUAAGGCUCUGAGCAUUGAAGAUGAGAAUAUGAGACAUAUCGUAAUAAUGAAUCUAAAGCCAUUAAAAAUUCCAUUCACGAUUUACUUGGUAACGGGCAUAUUUAUUGCUUUCUCCUGGUUGUGCAUGCCGUUUUUGUUGAUUUUUGAAAAGAGUACUUUUUACUAUACAGAUUACAAAAUACCAGCUAUUUUUUCCAAAGAACCAUUUUCUGUCGGUGUUUUUCUGUUAGGUAAUGUGAUAAUAUUACUCAACGGCGUGUACGUUUUUUUAAGAAAGGCCAGCCUGGAUGUCUAUACAGCACAUUUGAUAUCAUUGGUAUCGGCACAGUAUCAAUACGUUUCUUUAAGGCUUGUAUUAAUAUUUCGAAGUAAUGAGCAGCAGGAUAACGCCUGCUGCCGAGAACAUAAUUCUAAGAUGGAUUUUUUCGUCGCAAAGGAAAUAAAAAAGUUAUGUCGGCAACAUAUCGAUGUUAUGAAGUAA